AUGGCUUUCAACGCCUGGACAGUAAAAAAGAAUGUCCGUCACUCAAAGACUGAUCCCGUAGUAGAAGAAGCUGAACUUAUCGAGAGUAAUCCUUACUACUCUUUAAUUAGAAGAGCUAAUGGAGAAAUGUCAACCGUGACAAAUCGUCAUUUAGCGCCCUUCCCAAACAACGUUGACGAGGGUGAAGAUGACGUUAGUCUUGAAACUUCAGAGACUGAGGCCUCACAAGAAUUACAAACUUCUGAUGGAUCUUCGACGGAACAAGAGUGGUUACAAAUAUUAUAUCAACUUGUUUCUGCAUUAUUUAACUCGCAUGAGGACAAGAACGAAAACAACAAGAUGUGGAGAUGUUGGCAAGGUGUCAUGUGGGUAAGUGGCUGGAAAAAGACUCUCGCUUACGGUCCGUUAGGUGCGAUCCCACUUAUUUGGCCCAACAAACUAUGGUUGGCGUAUGCGGCGGGCGGACAGCUUAUUGCCUUGGCCGUUUUCCAUUUUCUCCUUUCGUUUAAGGGCAGAAGACGCCGUAAACGUAAAGAUCGACUUUUAAACGGCGACAUCGAUAGCUUUGAAAGCAGUCGGUUUGAGGAAGUAACUGAAGUAUUAGAUGACGGUCUACCGGAACCAAUUCCGGGCAGCAGCCAUUCACUUUCGGAUAGUCUGGCGGAACCGGAUACUAUUCUUGAAAUAUGACCGGAAAUGCAUCUAACGCCAGACAUAUUUAAACAUUUUGUGGACUCGGGCCACUGGAGUCCAAACGAUAGUGAUGACAGUGCGGUCUAAACAACACAAACGUACCUACCUAAAAAGGGAAAGGACUUUAUGAAAAUAUAUGUAUUUGUUUUUUAUAUAAUAAAUCUACUAACUUUAAUAAUUAUCACCCUAAAGAGAUUUAUGCAAUUUUAAAAUAAGUUUAUAUUUAAUGAAUUUGUUACUUUUCGAAUU